AUGACGGACACGAUAAACCCGAUGGACCUCCCUGGUUCUCCAGCGGACUUCCCCUUGACUGUCUCCCCCGCAGACACCUUCGACGACUCGCCCGAGCCCGAGUGCGAGGGUGAUGAUGAUAUCGAAAUUAAGGAGGAAGAUGAUAAGAAGCCCACAAAGAAGAGGAAGUCAUGGGGUCAGGAACUCCCGACUCCCAAGACCAACCUCCCCCCCAAGACAGAUGACGAAAAAGAGCAACGCCGCAUCGAGCGCGUACUCAGGAAUCGCGCCGCGGCCCAAACAUCCCGCGAGCGCAAGCGUCUCGAAAUGGAGAAGCUAGAGACCGAGAAGAUCCGAAUGGAAGAACAGAACCAGUUCCUUCUUCAAAGGUUAACUCAGAUGGAGGUUGAGAACAGCCGACUGGCCCAACAAGUAGCCCAGCUGUCCGCCGAAGUCCGAGGAUCUCGCAGCUCAACACCCAUCUCCAACAAAGCCACCUCCCCUCCCCCCGCCAUCACCGAAUCCCCAACACUCACACCAACCCUCUUCAAACAAGAAGGCGAGGAUAUCCAAAUGGAACGCAUCCCCUUCCCAACCCCCGCCACCUCCACUCUCGAAUACUCCCCCACCCUCCAACCCUCCACGCUGGCUGAGGCUUCCGACGCGACACAACAUCCUGCCGCGAUGUUGUGCGACCUGCCGUGUCCGUCGGUAGCCUCGAAGGCAGUGGAGCCGCGCUCCCUCUCUUCGACCUCACUCACGAGCCUCACGAUGUUGCAGCUCCUCUUUCUGACGAUGACUUCCGCCGCCUAUUCCACGGUGACGGCGCCGCUGAGUCUAAUCCUUCAUUCCCUGAAGACGGGUUCGCCUUUGGCGCUCUCGACGCAACAGAUCUCAGUUCUUUCCCCUUUGAUUCACUGGUUGAUUUCGACUCCGAGCCUGUCGGCUCCCUUGACGUCAGCCUCGUCGACCACCCGGCCGGUCUUUCGGAUGAAUCUGCUUGCCCGCCUGCUAGCGUGCAGCCCAGCCUUGGCGCGUCCACUUCGAGAUGCGACGGGCAGAGCAUUGCAGCUAGCGGUUAGCGAGCAGAUUUCUUCGAAGACAGCCCGGUUGGCUGAUGAUGUUAACGCCCCGGAGGGCCGACCGCGGUGGGAGUCGUUGUUGACUAUGAUCUGGGCUAUUGAUAGACUGAGUGGUCAGCGACGUGAGAGUAAGAGUUCCGGACGGCGACGACGCAAUGGACAUGGAAAGGUACGGACACGGAGUUCUUGGCGUUCUCUUGAGCCUUUAUCGAGAGUGGGCAAGCAAUUGGGUUAA